UUAGUCUUCUUCUGCUAGCAAUGAGUGCUACAUGCCUUUCUUCAAUGCUUUGUGAUCCACUGACUCGUAGUGAUACGAUUCGUUAUGCUCUUUUGGAAAGUACAGAGCAAAGUAAAUAUAAGUUAAUUUAGAGGCGUAUUUACGCAGUCCAGUAUUGAUAAUCCGACUAAUAAGUUGUUGAUCAU